AAUGAGCAUGCAACAGACAUCCCAAAUCUGCCUAAAAUGCUGGUAUUUACAGAGCAGGGCUCUAGGACCCGGAGACGUCAGGAUGGUGGUUCUUGAUAUCAGUCUACCAACUGGAUUCACCCCAGAAAACUCUGACCUGGAGAUGCUGUCCAAUUCAGUGCAUCGUUACAUCAGUAACUUCCAGAUUGUAGACAACCUGAGUGACAGAGGCUCCCUGAUCAUUCACCUGUUCAAAGUAACAUCACUGUAUUUAUAAUUAUUAUUCUAUGUCACAUCAUUUUAUGUUAUUCAUAUGCUUUUCUUUUUUUUCCAAGAAGCAGGUUUCUCAAUGCUCAGUACAUAAGUCUUUAUGACCACAGUCAACAAUCUGAGGCAGUUUUAGGCUAUUACACAAAACCGGCUUAUUGGUACCAAAGCCACGGUUCAGAACUCAGACUUGCUAAAUCGGUGUUGGUGUAGUGCAGUGUAGGGCUGCAGCCAGAGUACUGACGAUAGUUAGCAAGAGAGAUCAUAUUUCUCCUAUGCUGGUUUCUCUUCAUUGGCUUCCUGUGAAAUGUAGAAUAGAAU